GUAGUCAUUGUAUAUAAUUAGAUGUACCAGGAACACUUCACCAGAAAGGUUGUAAGACGACCGAGCACAGGGAUAGAAACUUAACUUUAGCGCAAGAUAUCAAGAAACUUCCAAGAUGGGAAUAGCCGUAACGGCAGCACGUUUCAUUCUGAUGAUCCUUAACACAGUGUUCGUGGUGUUGGGAAUCUGCCUGGUCCUGGCAGGAGUAAUCGUGCGGUACCUCGGUGAUCAGAUCAUUCAAUUAAUCAGCCCGGCCCUUAACCAAAUCAACGCCUUCUCCAGUAUCACCGGUUACACGGCCGAGCUUACAACAACUACUAACGGCUUUGACAUCCAGGCAAUCCUCGUGGAAAAUUCGAUUGCCUUCAUCGCGAUUGGAACUAUUUUGGGGGCCAUUGCCAUUUUUGGGUGUGUUGGAGCCUGCUGUGGAUUGAGGAUCCUCUUGUUUGUGUACGGGAUCAUGUUGUGUAUAAUCGUAGCAGCACAGCUCUUAGCUAUUGGAAUCGUCGCCGGAAGAUACGACUUCUACCGAGGGGAGGCCAUAACGUAUAUAAAUAAGGCGGCGGAGACCGAAUACCGCGGAACCAACGCCUCAGAUGUCUUCUCUCUUCUUGUUAACUGCGUACAGAUGAAUCUGAAAUGUUGCGGUGUCACAAAUUACACGGACUGGCACAAAGCGAAGAAUUGGGACAGGACCCAGGACUACUAUCCGUUUGAACUGAAUGUCAACACUUCGCCCAUGCCGAAACCAUUCGAGAUCCCGGUCGCUUGUUGCCAGAUGAAACUUCCCUAUCCCAGCAUUACACCCAUAGAUGUCAACUGCACGAGCACACCAACCACGGCCAACUCGUUUUAUAAUGUGGCUUGCUUCACCUUUAUCGAGCAAAAGAUCAAGGAGUACGAGCUCUACGCGAUACUGUCGACGGCUGGCCUGAUACUCGUACAGGUUCUGAUCAUCAUAGCAUCGUUCCUCAUCUGGAAGAAACUUGGAAAGGAUUAGUUGAUGUCCUCCAGAUGAUAUUCGAGAAGAAUUAUCAUCAUCGCGGCGGCAUUCUCCAUUUGUAAAAGCCUUGGGAAAAAGGUCGGCGAUAAAUGAGAAUAGUGAACGAGGCGAAGACGCGAGAACUAUUAGUUCUAAAUUUCGGACUUUACUUUUACUUUGAUAUUAAAUCUGCUAGGAAAUCCAGGGGCGUAGCUAGCAGGUUGGGGUGAGGGCAGGGGGCAAAUGCAAAUGCCUUUCCCACCAGACAUCACCAAAAAUGUGUUUUUGACCCUGACUUUGGCCGAGUAUAUUUCAAAAAGUGUCAUCCCGAGAGCCUUUUGCUCCCCAAGACCAAACGCUAGCUACGUCUCUGAAAUCGAUACAAGAAAUUUGAUGUUAUGAAUUUGCCUAGGUCACUUUAAAGAAGGAGGGUUCUCUUCAGUUAUCUUAAAGGGACAAUAUAGACAGCAGCUGUAGGCAGGCAAAAUAAAGUUGCACAAAACCGCCAGGGGUCUCUCACAUCUCACAGUAGGUCGAAAUGAUUCACGCUUGUACGAGGAAUAUAUUUAGUGCUGAGUCUGACAUGACCAAGGGUCCUUACUGUGUAUACUAGUCACUUGAAGAUGGCCAAAUUAGCCCCAUACUCCUGCCUAUAGUCCCCCUUUAAUGAUACAGUUUCGUAAAUAUUAUGACUGACAGCAAAAUGUUUUCGGAAGAAUUUCCACAUCUUUGCUCCACUUUUAUAAAUAGAUUUUUGGGCUUUUGGAAAAGUCAAGGAUAUUUCGGUCAGCAAACAUAUAUAUACACGCGUAUAUGCACCCAAAAAAUAUUUCGGGAAGGGCCCGAGUAUACGAAUUUUUCAUUUACCAAAAAAACAUUUUGGGGCGAAUGUUUUUGCUGGCCGGUACAAACCUAAUGUAAAAAGCGUUAGUGUUUUCAGGAGUAUAGGCCUCUGGCAAUGCGUUGGCUUUAGAACAUGGAUCUGAUCGUUGCCAUUGUCAUCUGUGAAAUCUGGCAGUCAUCAGAAUGUAACAUAUUUCGGAAGGGAGUCCUCGUCAAAUACCAUUAUCAGUGUCGUGAUAUUCGCGAAAGAUUGUGCAUUGUAAGUUGUUCCAUCCUCCUGACCGUGAUUGAAUCGACCCAGAUUUAAAGACCCACGCCGUUCGUUAAAAAUUCAAAAUUUGUAAUUGAAUUUGAAAUUUCCUUGUGUAGAGAGAUAUGUAUAAGUUGCAGGAAUCAUAACUGCACUACGGCAUUGUGUAUCCCUCAGUGCAUUUCCAUUUUCCUGAUGAACGGCGUACACCUUUAAUGGGCUUUAAAUCGUCACCUUACCCCAUAUUGUGAUUAUAUUCAUGGCCCAAUUACAUUGCACUUCCGCUCAAGACGAUACAAGCUUAAAAACUUACAAUGCGUAGCCUGUCAUGUAUAUCAUUAUAUUGUUUAGCUUUCCUUAUGAAUGAUAUCAGUAAAAAUAUUUCAAUAAGGAAUUCAAAGUGAACCUGGGCCUAUUAUGACUCAAGAACAAAAUAUCAAUUUUUAAAUUCUUUUAUUUGUGCCCUUUCCAGUGAGUAUUUUAAACUGUGAUCAUUUUUGUUGUAAAUACAACAUUAUUCCGUCCACUUAUCGCAAGAACUAGGAACGAGGUAACAUUUUGAUAUGCAUUCCAAGAAGGCCUAGCUCGUGAUGUUUUUUAGGUUGAUCUAAUGUAAAUAUUAAGGUAUUGCCUGGUCCCAAGCCUCGGUUUAGUUAGACAGAGUGAGUGAGACUGUCAAAAGGAGGUGACACCACAUUCGCUUUAGAACACAUUUUCUAUUACAAAGACGCAAAGUGAGCUCGUCGAACUUCAGGUCAAGUAAGGGUAUUAGCUGUUAAUAUCGUUUUCUACUUGGUUCGGGCAGUCUUUCAAAUAAGAGUAUUUACAUGUAUAAAUAUUGAAAGACUCUGGCUAAGGCUAUUCAUGAUCAGAAAGAGGUGUAAGGGUGUAACAUAGGUCAUCACCACCUGGAUUUCGAGUAGGUUAUUGCAACUCUUUUCAUGUGCUUUUAUAACACUUAUACAUCCCGUCAUUAUAUUUUUGAUGGCAUCACUGAGGGUUCGACUCUCGUCAAAGAGUCGAAUGACAUGAAUUUCUCGGUGGCCGUGAGCAAGACACUUGCCUCACCUCAUCAGUGAAAAUAAUGCAAGCACAUCUGUGGGAAAGGAACAGUUAGUGCCACUUUCAAAACCGACAUGAUAUCCAAGCACUGUUGUACCUCUACACUCUACAACUAUUAUUAUCAUUAUUAUCAUAUGCCUUGUAUCAUGAUUAUAUUGACAAGCCCGUUGGCUUCGGGGGUCACAGCUAGUGAGGUUGAUGAUGGCGGUGGAGAGACAAAAGGGGUAAAACACGGACUAAAACUCACCAAGGUAAAAAAUUCCAUCACGAGGUUGAAACUGGGGAAGGGGAAUCCCCAGCAAUGCAUUGCACAGCGCGUUAGUACUUAUCACAGUACGGAAAAAAAUCAUGCUCUACAUUUCUGCACUAGUUUACUGUAGACUACCAAGGCUCAUACACGGUCACAAUGCACACUGUAAUAAAAAGGAAAAUGUCAAAAAGCCUCUAACAUUUCCAACAUAAAAACUUCAUUCUCUCUCAAACUGAGUUAUUCGCAUCAACACUAGACAUUGUGACAUUUUAGAAUCAAUAUCAGACCAGUCCGUGCAUAAUUAAUUAGCUCAUUUAGAUAUGUAGGCCUCCUCCACAAAAGUGCAAAACGAAGCGGCUAGGCUAAGCGUCUUAAGGCUAGCAUCUCCCAAUACUGUGCGGAGUAUGAGGCAGUACUUGUAAUUAUCAAUCGUUUGCCAAAAGGUAGACUCCUGUGCCAACAUGGGCAACUUGCAAACAAGGUCCACACGUAUUUAUUCGUCAACAUCAGACGCAGUAGCAGCUAGAACUUACUGUACAUUCUGUGCCAUGCCUUAUGAAGCGGGAUUUGCUGAAGGAUUUGAAUAAAUUUGAUACUUUAUGAAGA